UGAGGAGAGAUCAGGGAGUGGCACAAAAAGCAUAUAUCCUUAACAAUGAGUUCAGGAAUUCCUACGGUGGAUCUCUCUCCUUUCUUUGCACAAGGAGAUGAAGAAGGCAAAAGGAAGGCCAUCAAAUCAAUAGGCCAUGCGUGCUCCGAGUACGGCUUCUUCCAAGUGGUGAACCAUGGUGUUCCCGUUGAGCUGAUGAAGAGAGCCCUGGCUCUUUCCAAGACAUUUUUCAAGUACCCGAAUGAGGAAAAAUUGAAGUCCGGUCCGGUGCCCGGCAUGCCGAUCCCCGCCGGCUACAGCCUGCAACCGGAAAGGUCAGCCGACAAGAACGAGUUUUUCAUGAUGUUUCCUCCUGGGUCCAGCUUCAAUGUAUACCCCAUCAACCCACCCGGUUUCAGGGAGGUCCUGGAUGAGAUGUUCUCACACUUUGUGAACGCAGGGAGGAUCAUUGAGAACACAAUCAAUGAGUGCUUAGGGCUCCCGUCGAAUUUGCUGACAGAGUAUAACAAUGACCGGAAGUGGGACCUCAUGUUGGCAUUCCGCUACUUCCCCACUACCGAGACAGAAAACACUGGGGUCGCCGAACACAAAGACGUGAACUGCAUCACAUUUGUGUUCCAGGAUGAAGUCGGAGGACUAGAGGUCCGGAAGGAUGGGAACUGGAUACCAGUGACUCCGCUAGAAGGCACGCUCAUCGUCAACGUCGGAGACGUUAUUCAAGUACUGAGCAACGACAGGUUCAAGAGUGCGAGUCAUAGGGUGGUGAGGCAGGCAAGAGAUCGGCACUCGUAUGCAUUCUUUUACAACAUAGGCGGAGACAAGUGGGUCGAGCCAUUGCCGCAGUUCACUAAGGAAAUUAAAGAGGCACCGAAGUACAAAGGGUUCCUGUUCAAGGAGUAUUUGCAGUUGAGGUCGAGAAACAAGACCCACCCUCCUUCUAGGCCAGAGGAUGUGAUCAGCAUAAAGCACUAUUCGAUCCCUCCCCAAUAAGAGCAAUUCCGAAUUGCCGAAAAAGUGUCCCUUGUUGAUGAACUAUAAGCAGCACCGAGUCUAUUCCUAGAUGGUGUAAUUUUGGGCUUCAAAUUACAUUUCUGCAAUGGAUUUCUCCAAUUUCAACCCGCAUCAGGGGAAAAUA